AGCAGCAGCAGCGAGUCCAUGGCGUGGAGCGGGCGGGGGAACCGAAGGCGCCGGGGCUGAGUGCCCUGCCCGCCCAUGGAACCCGCCCCGGCGGCGCCGGCAGCAGCAGUAACAGCGGCCACUGAAGGGGCGCUGGGAGAGGACGAGGAGGAAGUGGAGACGCCGCCGGUCAUCUACACCAUGGAGAACAAGCCCAUCGUUACCUGUGCUGGUGAUCAGAAUCUCUUCAGCUCUCUGUAUCCCACACUUUCUCAGCAGCUCCCAAGAGAGCCCAUGGAAUGGAGGAGGUCUUAUGGACGUGCUCCUAAGAUGAUUCAUCUAGAAUCUAAUUUUGUACAAUUUAAAGAAGAACUACUGCCUAAAGAAGGGAACAAAGCUCUUCUGACGUUUCCUUUUCUCCAUAUUUAUUGGACAGAAUGCUGUGACACAGAAGUAUACAAAGCUACAGUAAAAGAUGACAUCACCAAAUGGCAGAAUGUUCUGAAAGUUCACAGCUCUAUGGAUUGGUUAAUUGUGGUGGUAGAGUGUGAUGCCAAGAAAAAAAACAAAACUAAUAUACUUCCCCGAACAUCUAUAGUAGAUAAAAUAAGAAAUGACUUCUGUAACAAGCAGAGUGACAGAUGUGUAGUACUAUCUGAUCCUUUGAAAGACUCUUCCCGUUCCCAGGAGUCCUGGAAUGCCUUCUUGACAAAGCUGAGGACAUUGCUUCUCAUGUCCUUUACCAAAAACCUAGGGAAAUUUGAGGAUGACAUGAGAACUUUGAGGGAGAAGAGGACUGAACCAGGAUGGAGUUUUUGUGAAUAUUUUAUGGUCCAGGAAGAACUGGCCUUUGUAUUUGAAAUGCUGCAGCAAUUUGAAGAUGCUUUGGUGCAGUAUGAUGAGUUGGAUGCCCUAUUCUCUCAGUACGUUGUCAAUUUUGGCGCUGGUGAUGGGGCGAAUUGGUUGACUUUCUUCUGUCAGCCAGUACGAAGCUGGAAUGGGUUGGUUCUUCGUAAGCCAAUAGACAUGGAGAAAAGAGAACUGAUUCAGAACCAGGAAGCCACUCUGUUAGACCUCCGCAGUUAUCUCUUCUCUCGCCAAUGCACAUUGCUGAUCUUCCUUCAGAGGCCAUGGGAAGUGUCUCAGCGAGCACUGGAACUUCUCCACAACUGUGUGCAAGAGCUAAAGCUCCUUGAAGUCUCUGUUCCUCCUGGUGCUUUGGACUGUUGGGUCUUCUUGAGCUGCCUGGAGGUUCUGCAGAGAAUAGAAGGUUGCUGUGAUCGGUCUCAAAUUGAUGCUAAUGUUUCCCAUAUGGUUGGCUUAUGGAGUUAUGCCACUGAAAAGUUGAAGUCCCUGGGUUAUUUAUGCGGACUUGUAUCUGAAAAAGGGCCCAAUUCAGAAGAUCUUAAUAGAACAGUUGAUCUUCUAGCAGGACUUGGAGCUGAACGCCCUGAAACAGCCAAUACAGCACAGUCUCCUUAUAAGAAACUCAAAGAGGCCUUAUCAUCUGUAGAAGCUUUUGAAAAGCACUACUUAGAUCUUUCCCAUGCCACCAUUGAAAUGUAUAAAAACAUUGGAAGAAUUCGUUCAGCAAAGCUUGUUGGAAAGGAUCUGGCAGAAUACUAUAUGAAGAAGAAAAGUCCCCAAAAGGCUGAAGUUUAUCUUCAAGGAGCAUUGAAAACCUACCUUGCGGAGGGAUGGACAUUGCUUAUUACGCAUACACGGAAGCAGCUAGCAGAAUGUCAGAAACACCUUGGACAAAUUGAAAACUAUCUUCAAACAAGCAGUCUUUUAGCUGGUGAUAAUAACUUAACAGAAGAAGAGCGCAAACACUUCUGCAAAGAAAUAUUAGAUUUUGCCAGUCAGCCGACAGAAGGAGAAGGUCAGAAAGUUAUUCUAUCCAUGCAUUCCUUUGCACAGUUGAAGAACCUACAUUUUGAUCCUCCUAAUGCUGUGGUCCAUGUGGGUGGAACAUUGUCUAUUGAACUGACUUUGGGAAAUCAGAUGCCCAUUCCAGUGAAAGUGGAUCAGAUUGCAAUUAACGUACAUUUCAGCAUUGAAAAAAAUAGCUACCGGAAGACCGCUGAAUGGCUUACAAAACACAAGACUUCCAAUGGUAUUAUCAGCUUUCCAAAUGAGGUUGUAGGUCUUUCUCUCUCAAGAGGUAGCUUGCCAAUGCUGGAGUUGUAUGAGAUGUAUGAAAGGAGUCCCUCGGAUAAUUCUUUGAACACAACAGGCAUCAUCUGCAAAAAUGUGCACAUGCUGUUGCGAAGGCAGGAGAGCAGCUCUUCUCUGGAAAUACCCACGGGGCUGACUCUGGAAGAUGGUGCCCACGUGUUGAAAUGUAGCAACUUAAUACUGGAACCAGGGGUCAAUAGAAUAACUUUCAGAACCCAGGGCAAAGAACCUGGGACAUAUACACUCAGGCAGUUAUGCAUUUCAGUGGGCAAAAUGCAGUUUGCCCUUCCUCAUAUUUACCCAAUUGUGCAGUAUGAUGUCUACUCUCAGGAGCCACAGCUAAAAGUGGAACCAAGUUCUGACAGCCUUUUGGCAGGAAUUCCUCAGAAGGUACAGUUUACAGUCACUACUGGCCAUUACACCAUAAAGAAUGGAGAUGCCCUACAGCUAAGUAACGCUGAUGCCAUGCCAGUCUUGUACCAUCCAGAGAGCAAAGCUGUGAUUUACUCAAACACCAAGGAAAAAACAUCAGAAGCAUCACUAACGAUCCAGUCAUCUGAGAAAAUCACAAGCAUCAGCUUACCAAUGGCUCCUGCUUAUCAUGUGAUUGCCUUUGAGCUCGAAGUUUUGUACUUACCAUCAACCCCAAUAUGUAUGAUGGAAAAUGAGAAUCUAGUUAGUAAAGAGCUAGAGAAAAAAGAGAAUGAGACAUCUUACAGUUGCAUGGCUACAAUUGACCAAAAGGUAACCAUUGAUUGUCCAUGGUCAAUUUAUUCCACUAUUAUUGCACUUACAUUCAGUAUACCCUUUAAGGCAAAACAUUCCUUAUUAUCGGCAGGCAAAAGGAAAUAUAUACAGAUUUGUGUGCAGAACAUGUCAGAAAUCUGUUUUGAGUUAUCUGACAGUAGUCUCAAAAGUUCUGGGAGUUGCACAGAUUUAAAUCUUGAACCACUUAAUUCCAAAGCUGAACAGCACAUCUACAGCAAGCAAGCAGUAUUUUUUGUCUGGGAACUAAAAUGGACACAAGAACUUCCCUCAUCCUUGCAGUGCCAGUUUUCAAUGAGCUUUUGUUCAGCUCCCUCUGAAGAGCACUCGCUUUCUCUGAAGCCGUACACUUAUGAAUUUCAGUUGGAAAACUUUUUUACAUUAUAUAAUGUGAAAGCUGAGAUUUCUCCACCAGUGGGGACAGAAUAUUGUAAAACAGGCUCGCUCUGCUCUUUGGAGGUGUCAAUAACCCGCCUUUCAGAUCUCCUGGAUGUGGAUAAAGAUGAAGCAUUAACAGAAUCUGAUGGAUACUGUACGACAAAACUAAUGUAUGAAGUUGUAGACAACAGUAGUAACUGGGCAGUCUGUGGGAAGAGCUCAGGGGUAAUAUCUAUGCCAGUAGCAGUUCAAGCAACUCACAAAGUACACAUGGAAGUAAUGCCACUGUUUGCUGGAUACCUCCCCUUUCCUGACGUUAGACUAUUUAAAUACCUCCCUCAUCAUUCGGCUCACUCUAUGCAGCUUGAUGCUGAUAGCUGGAUUGAAAAUGAUAACCUCUCUGUGGACAAAAAUAUGGACGAUCAAGCAGACAGCAGUAGCAUAAAGAGCAGGGGCAGCAUACAUUCAGCAGCCAGUGCAGAGCACAAAGGUCUGCCAAUGCCCCGGCUGCAGUCGUUCUCUCCUGGGCAGGUCUUCAACUCCAGCUCUGGCAUGCAAAUCCUUGUCAUUCCCAGCAAGGAUGAUCAUAUUCUGGAGGUCAAUAUCACAUGACAGCUCUCUGUAAAUGUGUAUAGACAUGCACAUGAGACUUGAAUAUGAAUGCACUUUAAGGGAUCACAACCUGAUUGUUCUUCAUUGAACCAUUCUAGCGCUACCAAGGCCCAGGCAACUUGACCCUUACUGGCCCUGGAAGUCUCAGACAAUUGUACCAAUUUAAAUGUACAGUGAUGCUUGUGUUGGCUAGUUUAUAUUGCUACAUUAGGGUGUUUGUGUAAAAUGAAUUUUGAGGUUUUUCUCCAUCAUCCUGCUGGUGAAAUAAAAGAUGCUUACUGCGGUUGGUUCUUUAAUUUGAGCAGCUUCCUGAACUGCAUUUUCUUUGGGAGUAAUUCGGUUUCUGUUCAAAGAACAUUUCAGGUUGGCAUACAAUAUAAGCCUUGCAGUGUGGCUGUUAAUGACUGAGUGUGUGACUUUUUAGUCACACAAUAGUCUGGUUUCCUGGACCAGGAUAACUUUCCAAAUUUCUGUAUAAUAGAGUGAGUGAUUCUUAAUCCCACAGGUAUUUACAAUAUUUUAAAUAAUAUGUAUAUAUAUUUUCUUGAAGACUUAACUUCUUCUGUGCCUUGGGAUAUAUGAAAUUUAUUAGCCCACUAGCACUCUUGAAUUCAUACCAUAUAGCGAGCCAUUACUUAAACUCACUGGGGAAAUACACACAAGCACCCCCUUCUCUUGAUGCAAGUAGUGAAGUGGCACGUAAGUGGUUAAGUUAGGAGUAAACACUCACUGGACAAUUCCCCCCACCGAAGACUGAUAUUGAAGUGAUUAGAAGUUACUAUAUUGAGUCUGACUAGCUUUUUAUUCUAUAUUUCACUUAAUAUUUUUAAAACCAAAGUUUGUUUCUUUCCCCGGUCCCAACUACUGUUAACUUAUUAUGGACUGCAGAGCCAUAUAUAUAUAUAUAUAUAUAUAUAU